GCUUCAGGAGUAGAAGAAGAGAGAAGGCGUCAUCAUCAUCAACAACACUUUGCUCUCCUUGUCAUCAUGCCUUCUGCUGUGAUUAUGGAAGACAAUUUUGACAAACUAUUGGAUCAGUGUGAAACUCAAGAGCUUGAGGCGCCAGGAGGCAUUGCGACCCCUCAAGUGUAUGCUCAGCUUCUGGCACUCUAUUUAUUACAUAAUGAUAUGAAUAAUGCCAGAUACCUCUGGAAGCGGAUUCCCCCAGCAAUAAAAGCAGCAAAUCCUGAAUUAGCAGCAAUUUGGACAGUUGGCCAGCACAUUUGGCAGCGAGAUUUCCCUGGGAUCUACACAUCUAUUGCAGCUUACCAGUGGUCAGAAAAUAUCCUUCCGGUAAUGGAAGCCCUUCAAGAAAGUACGCGACAAAGGGCAUACAGACUCGUGGCACAGGCGUACACCUCCAUUACCGCCGAGGAUUUCGCUGCCUUUGUGGGCUACUCGGUGGAAGAAGCCGUAAAAGGUGUGGUGAGUCAGGGCUGGCAGGCAGACCCCACAACCAGAAUGGUGAUGCCUAAAAAGCCAGAUCCUCCCCCGGUUUCGUCGGUUCCCAACGAGCAACAGUUGGCCAGACUCACCGACUACGUGGCUUUUCUGGAGAAUUGAUAACCCCAACCACCCUUGUCACCUUUUUUCCCCUGAUAUUUGUGCAGACUCAUCAUUAUAUUUUUGCUCAUUUCUGAUUAAAACAACAAAAACAUUGAAAAC